UCUAUCUUUUCAUACAUACAAGACAGAGAGACCAAUAAUCAAUUAUCUGGGAGGCCAAUUUGUUCAAAGUUAUGGAUAAGAAGAAUCCAGCUUUAACAGAUGAAAAUCAAGUUCAUGAGUACGAUGAAUGCUCGAUCCAAGUAUGGGAAAUCAACAAAGAUAGAUUGGAUUCGAUGAAUAAGAACAUCAACACGACACCAAAUCUACUCUCUAAUUGGUCGGGUAAGAGUUCCUGCAGCAUAUUUCGUGUCCCACAGAGCUUUGUCGACGUUAAUGGUUCAGCUUAUCGUCCUCACAUCGUCUCCAUCGGACCUUUCCACCGCGGAGAACCCAACCUCCAAAUGAUCCAACAACACAAAUGGCGUUUCCUCCGCGAUCUAAUCAAUCGCACCAAAAUCACCCUCGAACAACUCUUGACGACAAUUCACCCCCACGAAACCAAAGCCAGAGAGUCUUACUCCGAACUCAUUGAUCUCACUUCCGAUGAAUUCAUUGAAAUGCUUGUACUCGACGGCUGCUUCAUCAUCGAAUUUUUUCGAAAAAUUUGUAAAACCAUCCCUGUUAAACACGACGACCCAUUAAUCUCCAUGUCAUGGGUUAAUUCAUUCUUCCUCAGAGAUCUAAUCAGAAUUGAAAAUCAAAUCCCCUUCUUCAUCCUUCAAACCCUCUUCGAUCUAACGAAUACCCAUGAAUCUAAUCGGUCGUUAUCUUCCUUAGCGUUGGAAUUCUUCAAUAACUCAGUCAACCGUCCGGCUGAGGUUCUCAACAAGUACGAGAAUUUAGUCGGAAAAAACCUCCUAGACCUCCUCCGGAAAACAUACAUCACGCCUGAGCUCGAUAAACCGAUAAACCGCAAUAUUAAUACCCCGUCACACGUCAUCCAAUGCAUCUCGAAGCUGAGAAGGGCCGGAAUCUCCAUUAAACAGGGGAAUGGUGAGAGCUUCUUGGAAGUGAAGUUCAAACACGGAACCUUAGAAAUGCCGAAAGUGACGAUUGACGAGUUCAUGAGCUGUUUCAUGGUAAAUUGUGUAGCGUUUGAGCAAUGUCAGAGGAGUUGUUCGAAUCAGUUCACAACUUACACGACUCUUCUUGACUCUUUGGUGAACACUUACAAUGAUGUGGAGUAUUUGUUGGACCAAAACGUAAUCGAGAAUUACUUUGGGACAGAUGGGGAAGUGGCGAAAUUGUUCAAUAAUUUGGGGAAGGAGGUGUCGAUUGAUAUAAACAGAUGUUAUCUGUCGACGUUGUUUAAACAAGUGGAUGAUUAUUACAAGAACAAUUGGCAUGUUACAUUGGAAACAUUUAGGUAUACUUAUUUUAGUAGUCCUUGGUCUGCUAUUUCUGCUUUUGCUGCGGUUUUGUUGUUGAUUAUGUCUUUCCUUCAAACCUUUUAUUCUAUGUAUUCAUACAUACAUCCUCGUCGAUGAUGA